CAAAAUGACGUUACCAUGAAGUAAGAAGACUGACAACAAGCAAAGUAGCAGUUUGACCGAGGGUAGCUAAAAGGAAAAUAGCAAUAAACGGGUGAACGCAGCACACCAUCCUGAGGACAGAAAUGAACCACAGUACUCAGGAGGCAAUGGGUCUUGACCCUGACACGUUGAGAGACGAACUCUUCGAACUGUGGAACCGGAAAGAUCUGCAGACGGUAGCAGGAUGGAGUCUUUGUGUGUCUUCAUGAAGCACUUGCACAGGAAGGAACAAGAAAGAGAGAGAGAGGUCCCAGCGUCUUUAAAUGAAGCUCACCAGUGUGUGACUGUGUGCGUUAAUGAGGAAACCAGGCUGUCUGUCAGAAGGAAGGAAUUUGCGUUGCUCUGAAUGAACUUGAGAUCUGUGCGAGGAGGAUAUUGACUGGAUGACAUCUGUUUUGCAAAUUAAGACACGCUAAGUUUGGUAGCCCUCCAGGGAUUUUCGAAGCUGCCUGAGCCUCUCGAGGCCUUACUGACAAUCCUGGAGGGCUGUCCUGGCAGACAGAAGGGUCGGAGUCACACUCUUGGCUAUCACAUCCUCAUGGAAUUCCAGAAAUGGUUGAAGGAGAAUCCUCAGGUAAACCUGAGCUCAUUCGCAGCAGAACAAGCGCUGGCGCUCCAACAGAGGGCUCUUAGCUUACUGAUAGAUACCCAGCCCAGCUUUGUAGACAGCCUUUUAAACAUUUACGAGCUCAAUUCCUUGGAUCCAUCCAUACUCCGACUGCACAUCAUGAGGUUACAGGCUCUCAACUGCUACAAAGAGGCUGCAGUGCUUAGUGUGAAGCUGAAAUUACAAGAAGAACUAAAUAUGGAAGAGAUGUGUGUACCGCUGAUCUUGCAGGAUAAGUUGCCACUGGCAGAGUCUUUUGUCACCGGCCACAAUCAUCUAGAAAAACAGCUAGUCACGCUGCUGGACUCUUGGUGCCACCCUGACUUUAGUGUGGGAGAGAUAAGCAAGCAGUUCCCUCUUCUCUCCCUGUCCAAACACUGCACAAGCCAGAUCCAGCCCAAAAUGCUCACCAAACAUGUCUUAAGACUUGCAGAGAAAUUCAAGAUUGACCAAGGACUGUGUCCUAAUGCUCUGCACAAGAGGAGACUAGACUCUCUGCGUUUCCUCAUGUACAAGAGAUUUGUGGAGAAAACCAUGACAGAAGAGAACUGGAGUGACCAUGUGCAGUAUGUAGUGGCAGGAGACCUGGAGCUGCAGAUUCAUUUGGUAGAGAUGCUGGUGAAGUACUCUGGUCUUCAGAAAGCCUCCCAGUGGUCACUGAGAUACAGCGUUCCCAGAAAUCGACUUCCAUGUGGGGUGUGGGAAACGCAGCAGAGUCUACAGCCUGAUCUACAACAGAUAGGUCAGAGUGAUUCUUCACAAACUGAGGAGUGGGUGCCAUCUCAGUCUCACUGUCAGAAGUUCUACCAGGUUCCACUCACCAAAGACAAGGUUCACUUUGUGGACACACCUGAAGCUCUCCAGAGAUGUCGAGGCAUUGUGCUCAAGGAAGGAGGUAUAGUAGGAGUUGACAUGGAGUGGCAGCCUACGUUUGGCUGUAUUUCAACUCAGCAAGUUGCCCUGAUACAGCUUGCUGUUUCCAGCCAGGUUUUCUUAUUGGACUUGUGUGCAAGUGGAUUCUGUCAACACCCAGAAACUCUUAGUUUCAUCAGGGACUUAUUCUCUGCACGGAAUGUCCUUAAACUAGGUUAUGGUAUGUCUGGGGACCUCAAGUGUCUCGUGGCCACCUGGCAUCAGUUAUUAGUGGAGCCACUAAAGAUGGACGGGAUGCUUGAUCUUCUUGGUAUACACCAAAAGAUCAUGCGUGGUAAGGCCCACCGGACUCAAAAUGGCCCUAGGUCAGGGGUUCUGGUAGGAGAGGACAGUGCAGAAAAAGGCCUGAGUCUGCUGGUACAACAAGUCCUGGGAAGGCCCCUGGACAAGACAGAACAGAUGUCCAACUGGGAGAAGCGACCACUACGCAUCAGCCAAAUUAGAUAUGCAGUGGCAGAUGCCUACUGUUUGCUGGAUGUGUACUCUGCUCUUUCCAGCAACCCAGCAAACUUCGGACUGCCAGCUGACCUACGCAGCAUCUCUUUAAGCCAAUCAGAGAAGAGCAAAGACCAGAAGCGGAAGGAGAAACAGGACAAGCAGAUGAAACAGGCACUCGGCAAAGAGGAAUGUCAGGGGGCUCAAAGGGCCAGUCCCCCUCGUUCUGACACAGAGAAAGGCCUCCUGUGUGGCGAGAAGCCCUCAGAAGAUUCCCCCCCUCUGCCCCCGCAGCAGUUGCGGGUGGUUUGUGACAACAUGCUGCAGGGACUCGGGAGGUACCUGCGCUGUUUGGGAGUUGACGUGGUCAUGCUGGAGAACAAUGAUGAUCACAGAGUAGCAGCAAAGUUAGCACAAGCUGAAGGCCGUGUCAUACUCACAUGUGGACAACCAUUCCAAAGUCUACGUUCCCAGGUGGGCGAGGGUCGCUGUCUGUCCCUAGACUGUUCAGAAAAGGCCAGAGACCAGGCAGUUCGAGUCCUCAAACACUUCAACAUCCAGCCCACUCCCAGCGAUAUAUUCAGCCGCUGUCAGGCGUGCAACAGCGAUCAGUAUGUGGCGGUUCCUCGAGAAGACAUGGCCAGGAUGCUUAAGCAGAAAGGACUUUUGGAGGAGCAGAUCACUGACCAAACACUCCAGGAGUCCCAUCAACAGGAAGAGGAGAAGCUUGGUGACAUUCUGACCCCUGGAGUGACCCCUGAACUGCCCAGGUAUGCCCUUCAGUGUCGCUGGGCCCCUCUCUCAGGGCUGGACCCCAACACCCUGACCUUUCCCGGGGGGGCGCCCAUUCAGCUCCAUGCUGUGCCUCCUGGCCUCCUGCCGAGGAUACCGCUCUUCUAUGUCUGCACCAGAUGUGGCAAGGUGUUCUGGGAGGGCUCUCACUUCGGCCGAGUCCUCUCCAUGUUUCAGGAAGUUUUACACAUAACAGACGAAGACACUGAAUCAGCCGCUGGUCCCAGUACGUCAGCACAGCAGAACUGACUGGUGUAGAGCUGAUAAAAUAUUUAUAAAAGCUUUUGCACCACAUGUACUUUAUUUAAUAAGAAGACUGACGGAUUUAAGCUGCCAUUACAAUUGAAAGGUACAGGAACUUCAAAUUUGCAUCACUUGAAGUAUUAAAUUAUCUGUAAGUUAGAUCAGUCAGCCCUCUAUAACAUGUGAGUUAAUAAGUUGAUUUUUUUUACACCUAGAUCACCAGCAGAUUUAAUGUGAUGGUCACAGGUGAGAGCUUUAUUCACAUGCUUUUAUUUUCAAUAAUUUUAAAUUUAUUCCGUUGGCGAGAAUUUAAAAUUAAUUCAAUUUCAGUGAACCAAAGACCGGUCACAGUGUGAUCGCGUUUGGACUUUUGUUCUUGAUUGUAUUGACUCUUUAUCAAAAAUCACAUUUAUGAUGAUUGAUGGUUUUGAUAGUGAUCUUUUGCACUGUAAUUCCUCAACAGCCUGUCAAUCGAGACAUGGCUUAAAUAACACCAUCACUUUAUUGAAAUGAAGGGUGAUUUUUGCCUUAAUGUUCCUCACGGCUUUAUUCAUUCACACCCACCAGAGUGACGUUGAAAGUAACGGUACUCGUCAAACAGCAGCAGCUUGUCAAAUUUUCCAAACGACCAAUAGCCAAGUUUAUUUAUAAUUUAGUGAACAAUGAAAUACGUAAGAAAUUAAAUAGAAAAUGAUAAGAACAUAAAGAUUUAAAAGGUUAGUUAAAAGCCUGAUUAAAAAGGUGAGUCAUUAACCUUUUAAAAACAUCGACGGUCUCUGCAGUCCUGAGGUUCUCUGGCAGGCUGUUCCACAGGGGCAUUUUUGGGACAUUACAGUUUGUAAUAGAUUAUAGGCCAAAGUGAAUACUUCUUUCACGCUCUCUCUACGGGCCAAUAUUGGUGCUGAAAUUACAGAAAAGACCUUCCCUAAAUCAGUUCAAACUUGUGCCAUGUUGAAAACGAUACAUAGAUGUUGCUAAGUCUACAGUAGUAAGACCGCCGUUGCAGCUUUUACAGAAAAAUGACCAGGUUGCUCAUUUAGCCGUGAAGCCGACACGUUCACAUGUCGUCAGAUUACUGGAAAGGGGUGAAUGUCUGAAAGGGGCUUUUGACUCACCACAGAUUUAUGUCGUCGAGCUAUAAAGCUCUACAGGACGCGUACGCACCAAAGUUAAUUUGUUCCAUUCAACACUUUCUGGGGUCACAUCUGGUGACAACUUUUUUUAUUGUUUUGACUUGAAAGCUGUGGUUAGGCGAUGACAGGACUCAGUUCUUGUGGUACUGUACGUUUUUUAUUCUCUCUUAUUACUGUUAUGGAAUGUUUAAUUAUUUAGUUGGAUGUGUUGAUAAAAAGGACUUUUCAUUUGA